CGGGAAGGACCACAGCCUUUGCAGUAAUGGCGACGGAUGAAAAUAAUGUGGUGCUGAAGCGAAAAGCUCACGAUGGCUUGGAUGUAGAUGAGGAAGGAGAAGAUGCAGAGUGGGUUGGACCCAUGCCGAGUGAAGCAACAAAAACAAAGAAACGAAAAGUUCUUGAAUAUGAACGGGUCUACUUGGACAAUCUGCCAUCAGCUGCCAUGUACGAGCGGAGCUACAUGCACCGAGAUGUUAUCACGCAUUUAGUUUGUUCCAAGACAGACUUUGUCAUCACCGCCAGCCAAGAUGGCCAUGUCAAAUUUUGGAAAAAGAAAGAGGACAAUGGAAUAGAGUUUGUGAAACACUUUCGAAGCCAUCUUGGUGUGAUGGAAAGCAUUGCUGUCAGCGCUGAAGGAGCUCUUCUCUGCUCUGUUGGUGAUGAUCAGGCCAUGAAAGUAUUUGACGUGGUCAACUUUGACAUGAUCAAUAUGCUGAAGUUGGGAUUUCAUCCAGGCCAGUGUGAGUGGAUAUACAACCCUGGAGAUGCUAUUUGCACUGUGGCUUGCUCAGAAAAAUCCACAGGGAGGAUCUUUGUGUAUGAUGGAAGAGGAAGCAACGAGCCCCUUCAUGUCUUUGACAAAAUGCACUCUUGUCCUCUGUCCCAAAUUCGCUUGAAUCCCAAAUUCAGAGUCAUUGUGUCGGCUGACAAAGCAGGAAUGCUCGAAUACUGGACAGGCCUUCCGAACGAAUUCAAAUUUCCCAAACACGUGGACUGGGAGUACAAAACAGACACUGAUUUGUAUGAGUUUGCAAAACAUAAAACCUAUCCUGUUAGUCUGGCCUUCUCCCCUGAUGGGAAGAAAAUGGCCACCAUAGCUUCUGACAGGAAAGUGAGGAUUUUCCGUUUCCUGACUGGAAAACUGAUGCGAGUGUUUGAUGAAUCUUUAACAAUGUUCACAGAGUUGCAGCAGAUGAGGCAGCAGCUGCCCGACAUGGAGUUUGGGAGGCGAAUGGCUGUGGAGAGGGAACUUGAGAAGGUGGAUGCUGUCAGACUGACAAAUAUUAUCUUUGAUGAGACGGGCCACUUUGUUCUGUACGGGACUAUGCUGGGCAUCAAAGUCAUCAAUGUAGAAACCAACAGAUGUGUGCGAAUCCUUGGAAAGCAAGAGAAUAUCCGAGUGGUUCAGCUUUGCUUGUUCCAGGGGGUUGCAAAGGCCAUGAAUGUGGCCCCCACAGUGGAAAUGAAGGCCUCUGACAACCCCGCCCUGCAGAACUUGGAGCCCGACCCUACCAUCUUCUGCACUGCCUUCAAGAAGAACCGCUUCUAUUUGUUCACAAAGAGAGAACCAGAAGACACAAAGAGUGCAGACUCUGACAGAGACAUCUUUAACGAGAAGCCUUCGAAGGAGGAGGUGAUGGCUGCCACUCAGGCUGAGGGUCCCAAGAGAGUGUCUGACAGCGCCAUCAUACACACCACCAUGGGAGACAUCUACAUUAAGCUUUUUCCUGUGGAGUGCCCAAAAACUGUGGAGAACUUCUGCGUUCACAGCAGAAAUGGAUACUACAAUGGACAUAUUUUCCACCGAGUCAUUAAGAGCUUCAUGAUCCAGACAGGAGACCCCACUGGCACAGGCAUGGGAGGAGAGAGCAUCUGGGGGGGGGAGUUCGAGGACGAGUUUCACACCACCCUGAGACACGACCGCCCGUACACGCUCAGCAUGGCGAAUGCAGGACCCGGCACCAACGGCUCCCAGUUCUUCGUCACCGUGGUCCCAACUCCUUGGCUGGACAACAAACACACCGUGUUUGGAAGGUGCACUAAAGGCAUGGAGGUGGUCCAGAGGAUCUCCAAUGCCAAAGUCAACCCCAAGACAGACAAACCGUAUGAGGACAUCAGCAUUAUCAACAUCACCAUAAAGUGAUCGUCGCUCUGUCUUGUUCUGUACAGUGAUGGUUAUUUUUUACUGACUCAUUAAAGAUGGUUUUAAUGGAUUGUAGGAAAUGUUAAAAGUUGAAAUGAGAAUGAA